GACAUUGAUUAUUCCAUGUAUGUGCUUAAUGUCGACCUUUGGAACGAUCUUGCAUCCCAGGAGGUGAACCUGUGCCGGCAACCUUCAUCGACGGAUUCUGCUACAGUGUCCUAUGCUCCUCAAGUUGUGACAAACGGUCGCGAAGUUGGCUAUGCGCCAGUUGGCUAUGCUCAGGAAUAUCAUCAAUCGCAACCUAUCUACAACCAAGUUACCCAAUUUCCCCCAAUCACUGACGACCCGAACCCGUCUUACCCAGCCAAUGGCAGAUAUCUACCUGCUCAAGAGUUUUUCCCCCGGCAUAACUAUCCGGGCGACUCCAGUGCUCCGCCCAUGACACCUCAUGCCGAAUACGUGGAUAGCAAUGGCGCUUCUGUGUCUUACAUUAAUGAUCAAUGCAAGGGGGCUCUUAAUCGGAACUUGAUCGGUAGUGUAGCCGCCAGCGCCUUUUGCCUCACUGAUACACAUGAUCGGGAAGGCAUCUGGUUUGUUCUUCAAGAUCUUAGCGUACGGCUAGAAGGAACAUAUCGACUCAAAUUCUCCUUCAUCAACGUCGGAAAACCUAGCUCCACAGCUGGACAACAAUCGACAGUGAUCAAGGGCAAGGCUCCUAUUUUAGCAUCUUGUUUCAGUGCGGCGUUUACCGUGUAUUCGGCCAAGAAAUUCCCUGGCGUAUGUGAGAGCACAUCGCUGAGUAAAACCUUCGCCACCCAGGGAAUCAAAAUCCCGAUUCGUAAAGAUGGAAACAAGGGUGGUGACGACGACGACGGUGACUAA